CGUUGAAGUUUCUCGCAAAAUCCGGGAAAAUCGUGUUCGUAAGAAAGAGGGGAACAUAGCUCUCGGGCAAUCAGCGCGCGAGAAAUCGCUCAGUUAUUGUAAAACUUUUCUUCCUCAUCCACUACUCUGUGAAAGUAGCAAGGUGGUCCCACGAUUUCUGUAUUGGGGUUGUCAAAGUAAGGAAUGCGUGACGGGUCACGUUUUGGUCGCGUAUGUCUAUACUGAAGCCUCCCUGCUCGUAUCUAAACUGCGCGUGCUUUACAGCAGUUCCGUCAAAACUAAACCAUGGUAGCCGUUGCUGUGCAUUUAAAAUGGCACCAAACCUUUCUGUUUCUCUUCCAAACUGUCUUAUUCGUGGCCGACACGACCACUGAUGUACUCACAAGCCUCAAGUACCAAGAACAAGGACACAAAUAUUGGUUUGGAGUAAGCUUAGGGCUGACAGUCAUUAGUAUGGUUGUCCUCUCCAUUUGGUCCAUAAUGGUGAGCACAAGUCGAUUACUCUCAAAGGAAGAGGACUCAGUAGAAGUGGAUAACCCAGACGUCAUAUUCCGCAAUAAUCGUCUGAAUUUCCUCUUAAGUCUUUUAUGCCUAGGACCCCCUCUCCACAGCUUUCAAAUGUUCCUUGUCUGUGCCUCUCGUUUCAAAGAACUGUGGAAGUCCAACACCGGUCUGCUCAUCGAAAAGGAACGCCUGUACUACCUCUAUGUCCACACGCUGAAUUUGAAAAUGGCUGAAGGCUUGCUGGAAGCCGCCCCACAGCUUAUAGUACAGGUCUAUGUUAUGCUGGAAGAAAGGAAAGAUGUCAGUCUGAUCCAGAAGAUAUCGGCGCCGCUCUGUUUGCUUUCGCUUACGUGGAUGAUCACAUCUAUGGAGGCGUUUCGUGAGUUUAAACACUACAACCUCAAACUCGUUCACAAUCUCAUAAUCUUUCUUAGCAACUUAGGAAUCAUCGCAGCGCGAGCACUGGCGAUUGUAUGUUUCACGAUUGCCUUUCGAUGGUGGAUCCUUCUCUUGUUUGGUGUGCAUUUUUUUAUCAUCAACUUCACCGGAUUCGUAUUGUGGCGAUCCAACCGAAAACAGGACAUGCUGGUGUUUAUUUUCGCCUAUUCGCCGCUGUAUCUCUUUGUUUACAGUUCAUAUUAUUUGAAAAAGCUCAGGGGAGAUGCACCUUUUGCUCGAGCUCGACUAGUGGUUGUAACAGUCUCAUGGCAUGUACUAUUUACUUUGGAAAACAUCGGUAUGAUCUUAGCGUAUUAUUUUAGGCGUCAUGAUUCUGAUGAUAAGCUACAGUGGUUUCUGAUCUUUGCUGUUGUUAUCGUUAGCGUUGGAAAUCUUGGAGGGAUACUGUUAAAAUCAUUAUCGUGGUAUUGCUGCUUUCAAAAGGAUGAGGACGAGUAUUUAAAUAUACAAAGGGCUAGCACUCUUAUGGUAACAACCGGCCAUACUAUGAACCGCGUAUGAAGCUGUUCGCGUGACAUACAAGGCCAGGCGGGGCAGACACCUUAGUGCGCAGAGAUAUAGCUUCUUCGUUUAGUUUGAACAUAGAGCAGUUAAUGAUAAUGAAAGUGCCGCUGGAAAAUUGACAGAAAAAGGAAGAAAGAAAGCAAGGAAGUCGCCGCCUCUAGCUAGCUCUAAAGGAAGUUGUUGUUUCGUGAAUAGUCACUUGACAAUCAAAUGAACGACCAGUCCUCCCCCGUUGGGUCAGUAAUGUUUAAUUUUUAGUAUAAAACUUUGAUGUGCAAGUCAGUAUAGUCAGGCUGGUUGUUCUGGCUGAUUUUAUAAAUACACAUCCGUAGAACCCGGUAUUAUUGAUCAGUCAUAUUGACUAAAUUUUUUUACAGUCAAGCCAGGUCAAACGUACCCCCAAGCUCCCUUCACACGCGAGGCAGUUACGAAAUUUCUGCCGACUCAGUUUCCCUGAAUUUGAUGUAAAUGUCUUCUAAGAAAUAUAAUCCAUUCAAAGAUUUUCAAUCUGACCUAAUACAGAGAAGUUCUGGUUAGAUAUUCACUGCUCAUUACUCAUGCAGAAAUGCCGAUUUGAACUUGAUAAAAGAUACAGGAACCAGUAUUAAACGGAUUCACUUUCAUUAAUAGAAUCUUGGGGGUACGCUUGACCUGCUUGUAAUUGCUUGAUUGUAAUUAGCUUUAGGCGAAUUUUUUCGCCGACGUCAAUUCACUUCCAAUACGUGUUUCAGCCGAUAUAUUUUGUAACGUUUUGUUAGUUUCACAAGAGUAUGUAUAUUAGGUUGCAUAAUACUGCUAAAGUAUUUAUGGAGUACUUGUAAGGUGUCUCAAGGGGCUAGUACUCUAUUUAAGGUUUGUUAAGCUAUGCAAGAGCCAUUCGAGGGCAUCUCUGUCAACCCUAGUUUUUUAAUUUUAAUCUACUGUUGUAAUUUUCUCUGAGUUUGUAAAACUGUAAUGUUGUUUUUUGGAGCGCUUUACGCUCGCUUCAUCAAUAAACGAGAGGCCUGCUCCUAUUUUCAAUGUUCUAAGAUAACCAGGGGGCAAAAACAAUUUAAGAGUGAAG